UUUUUUUUUUUUUUCUUUAUAUAUAUAUAUAUUUUCUAUGCCUAAAAAACCAAAUCCUUUUGAUAGUUUGACACAAAGGCAACAGAAUAAAAAGAACAUUUUAUUCUGUUUAUUAGUGAUAGGAUGUAUUGUUUUCUAUUGGAUUUAUGGUCAACCUACAACUCUACCACCAAAAGAAGAAAAAGAGUCAUUUGAACAGAUGAUGGUCGACAAGACGAUUUUGCCUGUGAUUCAUCCCGAUCCUUUUGACUAUCAUACACCAACCAAAGACGAAAAAUAUGUGACCUAUUUACCUCAUUCUGGGUUUCAUAACCAACGUAUUGAACUCGAAAACGCCUUAUUGCUUGCUGCCUAUCUGAACCGAACGCUUUUACUACCCUCUGUCUAUUUAGGCAACCCAGCCUUUCCUUGGCUGAGGUUUGAUAAGAUGUAUGAACGCCUCUUGCUUCAAACGAAAAAUGGACUUGACUAUUGCAGCCAACUUCGACAAGACGAACCAUGGCCUUCUGAAUGUCUGAAUUAUCCACGUUGGACUUCAGUUCCCUGGACAUUCUUUUAUGACCUGACAGAACUGAAGCAACAUGUCCGUAUUAUCUUUAGAGACGAUCUCAGCCUGGAAUGGAUCCAAGCCAAUCUAGAUGUCAAACAAGACGACAUCUAUCUCUUCAAGGACUAUUCACCAUUUGAUUAUCGUAUCUAUGAUUUACCUGAAUCCAGAACACCCUUAACGCGUUUUGUGAACCGUAUUGAACUAGAUACAUUAGAAGCCAUUCAGGAAAAAGUGCUCUUUUUUGGCUCUGUGUUUGGUUCGUAUCGUGUAUUGGCACAGACACCCGAGCAUAGAGAAUGGCUCAAGCUGAUUCGAAAGACCAUGAUCUUCUCCAACCCCACAUUGAUGACAGCAGCCUCACGCAUUGUGGAGAAACUAGGCGGAGUUGGUUCAUUUGUAGGUAUCCAUAUUCGUGUAGGGGAUGGUCUAUUUAAGGUCCGUGCGUCGAUUCAGAUUGAUGACAUAUUUCACCGACUUGUCGAUGAUUAUACAGAUCUGACAGAAUCGGAGCUUGAAUCUUAUUAUGAUAGUCAGCAUGAUCAAGAUCGCAAGGAGAAUAAUGAAUAUGAGAUCAGGCAGCUCCGUGAAGAUUCCCAGCACCUCACGGGUGGAUUUGAUAAGCCGAUCCGUGUACAACACCCAGAGAAUAUCCAGAAGUCCAUGGGUCCUGCUUCUAGUGAAUUGUCCGUUCUGUGUACACCAGGUGAUGGCAGAAACGAUCGAUUUGCAAAGACGACUGUGUUUAUAGCCACAGAUUGUCCUCAUCCUCGCACACAUCCAUUGUUACGCAAGAUAUUCUCGACAUUUCCUUGUGCGUUUGUGUUAUCCGACUUUAAGGAUGAUCUGACUGAAUUAGAUAAGAUUGAGGUCAUUCAAGACAAGGUCAAGUUAGAGUCUUAUUUGAUUCCUAUGGUCGAUGCCAUGAUUGCUGCACAAGGACAUGUAUUUUAUGGCACAAAUGCCAGUACAUUCUCCACUUAUAUCCAGAGACAAUUACACCCAGUCUAUACCAAUCAGCCUAUUGAACUGCAGGGUGCACCUAAUCCAUGAUCGAUAUACAUAUAAAUAUAUUACUAAAUUUGAUUUUCGCUGAGUCAAAUAACAAGAAAAAAAAAAAAAAAAAA